CAGCCUGGAGCAGCUCCUCUCGCCCAUGGCCUUUACGCCCAACAGCAGCCUGGACCCAUGUGCAAAAGAGACAGUGCUGAAUGCCAUCAAGGAGAGCAGAAAGAGGGCUGUGGAGGAGGAGGAGGAGGACCAGGCUUUUGGGAACGACCAGGAGAGCAAGAGAAGGCGCCACGACAGCAGUGGAAGCGGCCAGUCAGCAUUCGAGCCGCUUGUGGCCAACGGUGCCCCUGCCUCUCUCAUACCCAAGCCUGGCUCCCUGAAGAGGGGUCUUGUGUCACACUGCCUGGAUGACUGCUCCAACAAGAGGUCUCGCACCUCUUCCAUGAGCUCCCUGAACACCUCGUGCGCUGGCGGGAUCCCCAGCUCCGUCCGCAAUGCCAUCGCCAGCUCCUACAGCUCCAGCCGAGGCCUCGCGCAGCUGUGGAAGACGAGCGGUGUGAGCGUGUCCCCGCUGUCCAGCCCAGCGUCCUCCCGCUCCCAGACACCGGAGUGGCCUCUCAAGAAAGCAAGGGAAGAGGAAUCUCUUCGCUCCAACGCUUCCACUCCAGUGAAGUCAGACAAGGAGCUUCAGACUGAAAAAGUGGUGGAGACGCCCGUGCGGAAGCAGCAGAAUUCCCUGAGCUCUCCGUCCGUGUUGGGAAGCAGUGGGAAGCGCAAGCGGAAGAUCCAGUUGCUGUCGUCGCGCCGGGGCGAUCAGCUCGCUCUGCCCCCGCCGCCUCAGCUGGGUUAUUCCAUCACCUCGGAGGACCUGGAUGCGGAGAAGAAGGCAGCGCUGCAGUGGUUCAACAAAGUCUUGGAGGAUAAGGCUGAUGCUGCCCCCAGCACCACUGCAGAGACUACGCCUCAACCCCGGCCGCUGGCGUUCACAGUGACCUCCCCAGGGCCUGCGCCUGUGGCAACAACUGCACCUGCCAGCAACAAAUCCCUCUUGGACAGCCUGAAGAAGAUGCAGAGCAACCAGGCUGCCCCCGUGCCGGCAGACUCUUCUGGAGCUACAGUGGUGUCUCCACCAUCUUCAUCAGCACUGCAGCUGCUCGCUCCACCUGCAUCGCUGGAGUCGAGCUUGUUACCUGUGACUUCUGCUGACACCAAACCUAUGCCUGUAUUAAGCAUAACUGCCCCGUCUGCCCCUCCUGCCUCUGGGGCACAGCCUGCCAGCAGCCUGGCGAGUCCUUCAUCCACAGAGCUGGGCCAGACCCCCAGCAAACCUUCCUCCUUUCCAAAGCCAAGCAUCCUUUUCGGGAUGCUGAGCACCCCUCCGGCCAGCCAGCCAGCAACCACAGCGCCUGCUGCUGCCCCCACCACCACAACCCCUGUUUUCAAACCCAUCUUUGGAGCCCCGCUGAAAAGCGAGAGCCCCGCGCCCUGUACGACUGUUGUCUCUGCUGCGGUUGUGUCUGCAAGCCCAGGCCCUUCCUCCACAUCUGCGGCCGCUACCAUGUUCAAGCCUAUCUUCGGCAGCGUGACAGCAGCUUCAUCUCCAGCGAAGGCCUCUCCUUUCGCGUUCAAACCGACGGCACAGCCGGCCUCGGCUGCAGACCCGACAACAGCCUCCACCACCGCCCCGCCGUUCCUUUUCGGAGGCCCAGCCAGUUCUGCUCCCAGCACAGACAGCAGCUUUGCAGCCUCGGGGCCCGUGUUCCAGUUUGGAAAAACAGCUCCAGCCACAGUCUCUGCCACCACCAGUGUCCCAGGAGGCUCUGCCUUUGGCCAAGCACCUUCCACCACAACUGCUCCCACCACUGCCGCGGGCUUUAGCAUUUUUGGAGGCACCGCCCUGACAUCCACGCCAGCAACCACAGGUCAGUCAACCAAGGCCCCCACGGGCCCCGUCGCCUUCGGCCCCUCGUUCCCGUUCGGAGCCCCCGCGGCGCAGCCCGCCGCUCAGACGCCGUUCGGCAGCAGCGCGCAGCCGCCCUUCGGUGCCACCAGCACCCAGGGCUCCUUUGGCACCAGCAGCAGCCAGGCAGCGUUUGGAACCACCACGUCCGUCUUCUCUUUCGGGACUGCCACCACCACCACGGCCAGCUUCGGCCCCAGCACCCAGACCACAAGCAGCAGCGGCGGCACCGCAGCCCCCGGCACCGGCCCCUCUCCGUUCACCUUCGGGGCGUCUGCCCAGCCGGGUCCCUCUGCCAGUGCCUUUGGGAUCGGCACCCCCAGCGCGCUGGGGGCGCAGAACCAGAGCUCGCCGUUCGCCUUCAGCGUGCCCAGCACUCCCGACAACAAACCCGUGUUUGGAGGAACGCCGGCUCCCACCUUCGGGCAAAGCACGCCUGUCCCGGGAGCAGUGGGGAGCGGGAGCAGCAGCCUUUCCUUCGGGACACCCAGCACUCCUGCCUCAGGCUUUGGCGGAGUCGGAACUUCCUUUGGUUCCUCGACUCCGGCGUUUUCCAUCGGGGCAGGAUCCAAGACCGGGGCUCGCCAGCGGCUGCAGGGGAGGAGGCAAGCGCAAAAA